ACUAAUUCAUUACAUUGCAAAGGGGAGUGACGCAGUUUUAAUAGAUCUAUAGAUAGGCUACCCCAUGCUUUUUCUGGCCGAAAAAAAUAAUAAAUUACGCCGUUGUCCAAACAAACAUUUAUCAGAAUCACCGACAAGAAUACGGAUUUCGACUCCCAUCGUGUGGGCUCUGCAUGUCGAAUCUCCUCAGUGCUUCUUGAUUGUGUGGAUGCCAUUCCGGUUGGAGGUUGCGGAACACCCCGAGGACUAGAUGCGAUAACCUGAACGAGAUAUGCCGCAGCCGAAAUCAAGAAAAAUCGCCAUCCUCGGGUACAGAUCCGUAGGGAAGUCCUCUUUGACAAUUCAGUUUGUUGAAGGACAGUUUGUUGACUCAUAUGACCCAACGAUAGAAAACACGUUUACUAAAAUGAUCACGAUAAACGGCCAGGAUUACCAUCUGCAGCUGGUGGACACCGCGGGGCAGGACGAGUACUCCAUUUUUCCACAGACGUAUUCCAUAGACAUCAACGGUUACAUCCUGGUCUACUCUGUCACAUCGAACAAGAGUUUUGAAGUUGUACAAGUCAUCCAUGAAAAAUUGUUGGAUAUGGUUGGCAAAGUGCAAGUACCAAUUAUGUUGGUUGGAAACAAGAACGACCUACAUAUGGAGCGAGUCAUCAGCUGCGAGGAGGGGAAGGCCUUAGCCGAGUCCUGGAACGCUGCCUUCAUGGAGUCUUCCGCAAAGGAAAACCAGACCGCUGUGGAGGUGUUCCGGAGGAUGAUCCUGGAGGCAGAGAAGAUUGACGGCGGUGCGCAGCCAGGAAAGACGUCCUGCUCCAUGAUGUAGACGCCGGCCAAUCAACACACAGGACACUGCACUGGGAUAUCCCGUUACUUGAAGGCUAGCUGCCAGUUCUCCUACACCUCAGCUGACUCCACCCAUACACCACUCCCCCCCCCCCCCCCCCCCCCCCACCUCAGCUGAUCCAACCCAUACACCACUCCUCCCCGUCCAGGGUCCUAGAUAUCAAGAUACUCCCUUUUUAUGGCUCUGAUUUACGCUGUUAUUUAUCAGUAUUUUCUUUGCCCCUAAUUUUGAUAUUGUUUAUUUAUUAAAUUUUUUCAAGGAUGAGUCGAUUAUUAUUUUUUAACCACAAUCCACCACUCUCUGGCACUGAUGCAAACGCAGAACUUCAUGUGUGUACCAGAAAGAAAUGUUUGGGGGAAUGCUGGACAACAGUGGAGUGAUUUUCAUACAUUGUUUGGUUCAAUAUGAAGCUCUUAUUCAGGCUAAUAUGCUUAGAGGAUAACUGUUUAUAACGAGCUACGAAAGUAACAAUAACGGACCUUAAGGAAGGAAGAGUAUAGCCAAAACAUUUUCUUCUGCUACACGAAAAAAAAAAGCUGUUUUUUCCUCCAACUAUACAGCUCCUUUUUCUACUUCAUUUCAACGCAAUACCGUCUCUCCUGUCCCCUCCAUUUGUUUCCAUAGCCGUUACUGUCAGCCAAAAAAAUACAACUUCUGCAUCCAUUUUCUAACGUUGAAAAUGUUGUACAAAUGUUUUUGAUUGUAUUCAUUAAAGCAAAAAGUGGUUAUGUAAUGUUGCCUCAAUAUACUUUUUUGUUCUUCCGAUCCCAGUGGGGUUGGGGAUCA